AUGCAUGAGGCUAAGUGUGUUGUAUUGGUUGCUUCAGUUUGCAGUGCGACGGCAUUAAUUGCAUGCCUUUUGGUGGUACCAUCGCUCUACAAUGUCAUCAAUGAAGUUCACAAUGAAGUGCUCGAUGGCGUUCAGGUGUUCCGUAUCGAAACUGAUUCUGCUUGGACCGAAAUGUUGUCCCUUCAAGUCACAGUCACUCCACCAAGCAAACCACGAGUGAAUCCUUUCAACAGCAUCUUCCGUUCGAAACGUCAAAACUUCGCUGGUCUUCCAUCGUUCUGCCAAUGUCAACCCACCAAACCUACCUGCCCACCCGGUCCAGCAGGCCCACCAGGACCACCAGGAGAGGAUGGAACACCCGGACAAGCUGGUCUUGCUGGACAAGACAACAGUGAAGUGCAACAAGCUUCAACUUGUGCUCCUGCAGAUACUUCAUGCAUCAAGUGCCCAGCUGGAGCACCCGGCCCAGCUGGCCCAGCAGGACCAGCUGGUCCAGCCGGUCCCGACGGACAACCUGGAGCACCCGGUAAUGCUGGUGGCAAUGGGCCUCCAGGACCUGCAGGACCCGCUGGUGAUGCUGGAGCAGCCGGAGCAGCCGGAGCUGCCGGACCAGCUGGAGCACCAGGAAAAGAUGGUGAGAAAGGAAAAGGAAAACCAGGAGCGAAAGGUCCAGCUGGACAAGCUGGCCCAGCCGGCAAAGCUGGCGCCAAUGGACAGAAGGGAGCUGAUGGCAAGCCUGGACCAGAUGGACCAGCGGGAGCCGCAGGAGCACCAGGAAAUGCAGCAGCCGAUGGUACCCCAGGUGGUCCAGGUGGUCCAGGUCUUCCUGGCAACGAUGCAGCUUACUGUCCUUGCCCACCACGUACCGCAUUCUACGCCAGUCGCAGACGCAUUUAA